GUCAGCUUGCGCCACACUCGGUUCGACCUAGGUGAGCAGCGCCCCACGCGACAGCGCCUCUCUCCUCUCUCUCUCUCUCUCUCUCUCUCUCUCUCUCUGUGGAUUCAUCAUGCAUCCCUUCAUAUUCUUUGGCUUCAAUUGAUUAUUUGCCCACCCUAGCAUACUGACGUAUUCUGUCUCGCGUUUCAUAAUCCUGAUUGUUCCGGGUCGCUCGUCACUCAGCCUAUCUACUUUGUUCCCUUGUACCACUAACAGAAGUUUCGUUGAGCCAGCCCCUCAUACUUUCGUCAAAUCUCUCAGGCCGGCGCGAUUAAAUCAUUAUCCAUGGCUGCGUUGAUGCAAUCGAACAACGAACUUGUCUCUAUCUCUGCUCCACUCCCUGGCUCGUCCGCUCCCAUCAUAUCGACUCCAUCAGAUUCGAUCGCCCUCCUCAGAAAUCCAAGACCCGAUUCCAGCCUGACAUCUAUUGCCAACGCCGGACUAAACGUUUCACGCUCGAGUGAGUCAAUACCGCCAAUGACAACGGCUGGCCCCGCUGCAGGUCCGAUAGAUCGGCCACUCGAGCAAGAGAAGCAAUCAGAGCAGCACAGUUCGCAAGUAGCGAGAGAGGCACUCGGCGCCAGUGAAAGGCAGCAGGAUAGCUCCGGACCCGAUGACAUGCGUUUGUCCUCCGAUCAAAUGCAGGUCGACUCACAUCCAGCUCCGGGAAAUACGUCUGAUGCCUUUGGGCCGGCCGAGAGUAGCACGACUCUGAUGGCUACUCCGACAGUAGCCAGUCCUGGCCCAAUCGAAGACUCGGCUUCGCAUGAUGGAGACCAUCCUCGUCAUCGAGAAGAACUCUCGCAAGAACCGGGAAACAAAGCAUUCUCAUACCCAAUGCCCACAGCCAGCCUUAGUGACCCUCGUCGUGGCCUGAGCCUGCCCAACGCCGGAUUCCACAAAGGCCAGCGGUCACCGUCGGCGAAGAAGCACCGUUGCCCAUACUGCUCUACUGAAUUCACGAGACACCACAACCUCAAGAGUCACCUUCUCACUCAUAGCCAGGAGAAGCCAUAUGUUUGUCAGACCUGUCAGUCACGCUUUCGCCGGCUACACGACCUAAAGAGACAUACCAAACUACAUACCGGUGAACGACCACACAUUUGUCCGAAAUGCGGGCGCAGAUUCGCUCGCGGUGACGCUUUGGCGCGCCACAACAAGGGCCAAGGUGGAUGCGCCGGUCGUCGUGCCAGUAUGGGCAGCUAUGUUCCGGAAGAUGAAUAUGGUGAUGCCACAACUGCCGGAGCGACGGAGGAUACCAUGGACGGGCUUGUGUACGCUGAGCCGGAACGCAUGGAUGAGGAAGAAGAACGGCGACUUAAUAUGCCUAGUAUCAAGAAGCACGAUAUGCCGACGGAUUCGCUUUCCCGUGCUAAUACUGCCCCGGGCUACCAAUCGCGCCAGCCGAGCACUUAUCCUCCCAUUGCAUCUGGCAGACCAUCCCCGGGUGGCCUUUUCCCCCCACCUAGCCAUGGCGGGUCUAGUGCGUCGACUUCCCCCAUUUCACAAUCGGGCAAUAUAACAUUCCCGCCCCCGGCUCAGCCUUCGGCCUCCGUAUUUCCCGCCAACAUCACCGAAAGCCCAAAACCACUUUCUCCCAAUGCCCUAUCUGCUCACCAUCUUGGUCACUGUUCGGAGAACAAUACCCAGUCACAUCGUGCCCAUUCGCCUGGUCUAUCCCAAUCAUUCCAGCAACAAGGGCAACAGCCGUACAGCAGGGCAGGCACCUCGGCGGCUCCAGGGCUGGGCCUUCCUCCACCGCAAGCAGCGCCCCCCCAGCUGCCCCCGCCUCCUGGAUUAAGUUCUUCCGAAUCUCGUUUUGCGCUUCACUCGCCGGGAGCUGUGGCCCCCUCUGCCUCCGCAGGCAACAAACAUGCCGCGUCCCAUAGCCAUUCGAGUAAUCACAGCGGGCCGAUAGCAUCUAAACCAGGGUCGGAAACCGCUCUAAACAGUGGCAGUCAGCUGCCUGGCUCGCAUGAAGCCAGCUGUCUGGAUCAGAGUCGUGAACGAGAAGAGAAGCUCUGGGCAUAUAUUCGCUCCGUCCAUGAGGAGUUGAACGGUUUGAAGACAGAAGUCGCUGCGCUGAGGGUGCAACUGGCAUCGGCCAAUGCUAAUGCAUUUGCAACCCCAAGCGUGCCCCAAGUUCAGCCAGAGUCCGGCAGUAUCAGUGCGGGCCCACGAUGAACGAAUCUACUCACCCAUCCUCACGUAACGUUCCUUCGACGCGCACUUU